CUUCCGGCGGCGUGUCCGGCGGCCUGCGGAGGGAGCCGCGUUCCCGAGGCGCGGGACUGCGGGCGCCAUGUUCCUGACCGCGCUCCUGCGCCGCAACCGCAUCCCCGGCCGGCAGUGGAUCGGGAAGCACCGGCGGCCGCGCACCGUGUCCUUCCACGCCAAGCGCAGCGUGGUCCGCCGCCUGGAGACGGAGGCGGAGAACCACUACUGGCUGAGCGCGCCCUGGCUCAGCGCCGCGCAGGAGUUCGGCCACGCCGCGGCGCGCAGGGCGGCCGCCUUCCAGGCCAUCAAGGCCGCCCGCGAGGCCAGGUUCCCGCAGCACCGGCUGCUGGCCGACCAGCUCGGCCACCUCGACGUCACCAAGAAGUGGUCCUAGCCCGGGCUGCCGCCGCCUCCCCGGGAACCGGCACCACCAGAGGAAUGGGACCUACGAGGACACUCGGCUGGGGGUGGUAAACACCGCCCAACAUACGGAUAAUGUGUUGUGGAAUUGUAUACCUGAAACCUGUGCAAUUUUAUUAACCAGUGCCUCCCCAAUAAAUUCGAUCGAAAAAGAAUGUGACCCUUGGACCGGAGUCGUGAGCAGAGCGUUGGGAACAUGGGCGCUUCAAUCUCCAGCGUCCUUGCUGUUGUGUUUGUUUCUCCACUGGGGUCGGUGAUGUAAGAUGUAUUUUGGGUGAACCUGCGAUAAAACUGCAAACUAUGGUUUGAGGUCUGUGUAUGUGACAGUCGAUGGAGGUGAAUUUGCUUACCUUCUCUCAAGAAUAGUUACCUAAACGUAAAUGCAAACAAUAAGCUUUGUCAAACAUAUUGCUAAAAAUAGCAUUUUCUUCUGGGAUUUGCCACCACAGUGGAUAUUUAAUUGAAGUAAAAAAUUUUUUUAAUCAAAACUGCCACAUGAAGGUAUUUUUUAAAAACUUUAUUGGGAUAAAAUUUGCACAAUUCAUCAGUUGUAGAUGUUUGCUUUCAAAUAACCUUUCAAGUACUUUAUACGUAUCACCAGACACAGUAAUCCUGUUGAGGCAAGUAAGAAAGGAGGACAAUUGCCUGGAAAGUGGAAUGAAGAAACAGACGAAUAGCUGGAAUUGCUGAACAAUUAACAGCCAGCUGGUAAAUCACAAAAUUCUAUCCUCCCUAACCAAAGACAGCUAAGAGCAGGUGGUUUAAACCUACCCCUCCAAAACCCAAAAUAACUAAGAGCAGGUAGGUGGUUUAAAUCACCUUAGGGAGGUCAAAAAAAUAAAAAUUUGAGCCAGACUAAUCCAAGAUAGAGGUAAAAUUAACCAAAAAAUGACCCCAAAUUUCAUUAUACUCUUAUUGUAAUACGUCAGCACACUAAAUGACACAGUCAGAAGUCUAAUGAAUAGUGUUGAGAUCCUCCCCUGGGACCACCUUUAAAAUUCCCACCUCUAGAAAACAUAAAACCUUUAGGACCAGGGUGUGCCCUACUUUCCUCAGGCAAGUAUUUUGCUUCUAAGCUCUAAGGGCUGGGAGGAGAUCAAGGGAGCAAUGGGCAGCAGCAGCAGGCUUACCUCCUGGUCCUGUCUCCAGGGGCCCUUCCUUUGCUUCACUGUCCCAAGCUUCAAUAAAUUUACUCUCACUUUCACCUGCAAUCUGUCUUGAACUUUUUCCUGCACGUGUCAAGAACCUGGAGGCCAUGAGAGGUACCGGCAACACAGGAGUCGAGUAACUAGCA